UGAAGCACUGGUAGUCAAUAACGUCACACACAGUGCAUCAUCCCUAUGGCGACCGGUGUAUGCAUUGAAUGCGCUAAACAUACGGCAAUGCGAGCAAUGGUUGGCCAAUACGACUGCACUGUUAAAAGGCAUGCCUUUCGCUGCGAAACUCACGUGUGUUUCACUCAAUGCACUGUUAAUUGGAUUUAGUUUUUGAUUUGAUUUGUGGACACAAUCUAUAAAUAGUGUUAUAUUUAUAGUCUAUUUGUCAUUAGUUUUAUUGUAAUCAUAAUUAUCGCACGAAAUGCCAAAAUCCAAACGAAAUCGUUUCGUAUCGCUGACAUCGACUCAGAAGAAGACAUUCUCGCAAAUCAAGGAAAAGCUGGUUAACGAUGUGAGGCAGUGUUGCGAUCGGUUCCACCGAUUGUUCAUAUUUUCGGUGCAAAACAUGCGAAACGCGAAGCUUAAGGAAGUCCGCAAUGAGUGGAAGGACAGUCGGUUCUUCUUCGGCAAAAACAAAGUGAUGACAAUUGGUUUGGGAAAGACUAAGGAAACGGAAUAUAAAGACAAUUUGCAUAAACUUAGUGGUCGUCUGUACGGACAGUGCGGUCUACUCUUCACCAAUAGGUCCGCAAAAGAGGUUCAAAAAUGGUUUGACGACUACGCGGAGACGGACUUCGCCCGAUCGGGAACUGUGGCCACAGAGACGGUGGUGUUGGACGCGGGCCCUCUCGAAGACUUCGCCCAUUCCAUGGAACCGCACUUAAGGAAACUGGGAAUGCCUUCUGCGCUCAACAAAGGGGUCAUCACUCUUCUCAAAGACUACGAGGUGUGCAGAGAAGGCGUUCCCCUCACCUCAGAACAGGCCAGCAUUCUGAAACUGUUGGGCAAUAAAAUGUCAGAAUUUAAGAUCACUUUAGAAGCCGUUUGGGAGUCAGACGGCUAUUACGAGGAGUACAGACCGGCGGAGCGACAGGAAGUGCCGGAAAGGGAUGACUCGGGAUUGAAACGAAGCGUAAAACAUAAGAGGAAUAAGAGACAGAAGAAGAGUAAAGCAGUGGUCGAGACAACUGAUGAACACAUGAGUGAUAGUGAAGACAAUGCCAACGAAGAGGUGAUGACUGAUGACGAGGACUGAGUGGUCGACUCAUUGAACUAAUCUCUCAAAUAUUUUUUAAUUCAUUUAAUAAAUCUUUUCAUAAAAUAAAGUUUGAUUACAAUUAGAGCUCAGUUCUCAUACAGUGGUCAUUGAGUGACACUUUAUGUAAAGAGACCUCCGAUUGAGUCGC